CUGUAUGAGAGUGAGUGCGCAGGAUGCUGUCCCCCCCUGAGCACACAAUGUCAGUCAUUACAGAGCGGCUUUAGCUGUGUCUCUGCCUUCGGCUCCCUGCGCUCUCGCUCUCUGUCGCUCUGUCUCUUUGUCCCUUGCCAUUUGCUGAUGGUGAGAGGCACCACAUACAGAUCCCCUCGCCAGUCCCUUUAUUACCUGACUCCCACCCAUUUUUUUUUUUUCUAAUCUCAUUUGCACCCCCCCCAGUCCCUUGGGAGAAGAAUCAAAAGCAGCAUCGGACUUUAUGCUUCCCUGCCAUUGUCAGGGUGAAGGUAUUUUGGGGGGGAGAGUGGGGGCUCCAUGCCACACUGGAGUCCUGCCGUCUGUCCGUCUGUGAUUGUGCCAGCGGCGUGCCGGAGCCCCCAAACGAGCGCCUCCGAGUCCCAUUCCUCACAGCCCAGCCGAUGUGAAGCCAGCUGUUCCCGCACUGACUGAGGGCAGGAUGCGCGUGGCACGGAGAUACUACCCCGGCAGAUGGGCACAGGGAUCCUUCAUAGCUUGCUGCUUGUCCCUCUGUGCUGCCUCCUCCCUACUCUCCUGCCCCUCUCUGUGUAAGUGCAACACCAGCAGCCUGGAAGUGGACUGCAGUGGCAGGGGCCUCACAUCAGUACCCCCCGAUAUCCCCCAGGAUACACGCACCUUGCUGCUCCUCAACAACCGCUUAAGCUCGCUCUCUGAAAAAGCUUUCUCCAACCUCAGCUCUCUUCACCGGUUGGACAUCUCCAAUAACUUUCUGGACCAGCUGCCUUCACAGCUUUUGAGUGACCUGGGAAACCUGACGGAGCUGCGUCUCCGCAACAACAGCAUUCGCAGCCUGGACCGGGAUAUCCUGCAGGGGCUGUCCCUUCUACGUAGGUUGGAUUUAUCCCUCAACGGACUCUCACAGCUGCCCUCGGGGCUCUUCGAUGGCCUCUCCAUGUUGCAUUGGCUCUCUCUGCACUCCAACCGCCUGCAGAGCCUGGACAGGGAGACAUUUGAGCCUCUUGACAAGCUGGAGAUCAUACAACUUGGAGAUAACCCCUGGGAAUGUGACUGCAACCUUCGAGAUUUCAAGCACUGGAUGGAAUGGUUCACCUACCGAGGGGGCAAGAUGGAUGAGCUACAGUGCACUCUUCCCAAGGACCUGCGUGGGAGAGACAUCCGCAUGGUGCCGGUAGAGAUGUUCAGUUACUGCUCACAGCUGGAGGAUGAGAACAGCUCUGGGCCAGCAGACAAGCCAGGACCUCCAUGUACAAAGGCAAGUCCUGCUCCACUAGAGCCAGACCCAGGCCCUGACUGUCCUCAACGACAGCGUUACCGCCCGGCCAGCGUUCGUAGAGCUAUUGGCACGGUGAUCAUCGCUGGAGUGGUGUGUGGCGUGGUCUGCAUCAUGAUGGUCGUUGCAGCGGCUUACGGGUGUAUCUAUGCCUCUUUAAUGGCGAAAUACCACCGGGAGCUGAAGAAGAGGCAGCCACUGAUGGGCGAUGCUGAGGGAGAGCAGGAGGAACAGAGACAAAUCUCCUCGGUGGCAUGAGGGCCUCUCCAUGAUCCGACCGCUCUAGAACAUCUAGUUAACUUUCUGCUCCAGGCAACUUGAGCCAACCGUUUCCCUGCCUUGCAGCAAAGGCAUUAGAUUGCAGGCCCUGCUGAACAACCAAUCACGGUGCUCCAAAUCAAACAAAAGCACUUAACCCAGCAACACCUUCUUGCCCUCUUUUUUUUCUUGAUGGACUAGUUAGGAGGAGUCGUUAAAACGGUGACAAUCUGGUGCAGGUCCUAGCACAAAAUACCCUGGAAAGAUGGGGAUAACUUCUACGCUCCCUUUAUUUUUCUACUUUAACCAUAAAAUAAACCCAAUAAAGGUCUUUUUAGAGUAUUUCUAAUGUACCUUUGGGGGUGGAGAAGAUUCCAUCAGGAUGAAGAUGGGCUGGAACCUUUAUACAAUAUACGUAUAUGGUGAGUGUUUUGGCACAAUGGACUUUAACCACGACGUUGGUUGAUCAGAACUGGAGUAAUGGACUAGACAAGUUGGACCUGAGAUCACUGGAAUACCUUUCUUUACAAGCCAACUGCUACAGGACUAAACCAAUGCAUCUCAAUGGCCACAAACGCAACUAGCUCCUCUCCUGCAAACGAGGCAAUAAUGUGAUUGCAAUCACCCCUCCAACACUUCUCAAAUGCUCUUAACCUUAAGCUUGGGGCUUCAGGAGGAAAGGAGGAGAAGAACGAUGCUUCUCUCAUUACGUUAAUGAAAAUAUAUAAUAAUAAUUGUGGCUUAGUAAAGCUGAAGCCACUUGACUGAACCAAGUAAAAAUAAUGCUUACACUC